CUCUCUCUCUCACUCUCUCUCUGCUCCGGCACUGCAGUGCUGAUUGUGAUUGCACACACACACACACUCACGCAAGCACACACGCACACACAGGAGUGUAGCUGAGAGGCAAGGACUGCAGCAGCAUGCACCAAGCGCGGCUGAGCUGUUCGGGGACACGAGGAAGGGGAACUGAGGAGAGAAAAUAGUGUGCUAUCUCACAGCCGCCUGCUCGUACAUCUUUGCAGCGGAAGGAACCAUGCAUUUCACGAGUGGAUAGCUUAUGUUAUCCGGCCUCCUCUGCACUGCCUCUGCAUCCCAUUCACCCUGCUCCUCCCACUCCAACUCUUCCUCCUCCUCCUGUCUACAGCAUCAUUAGCCAGGACUACAGAUUCACUGGGACUGGCGAGUGGUGGAUGGUCAGGUUUUGCCCGGGCUGAAAGAUUCUUCUGUGGCUAUGCUACAUCUACACCUUCAAUGAUAGCUGGAUUGUAAUCGGCAUUUGUAGCUAGAAGAUAACCCACAAUCCGAGAAGAAUCUUGGAGGUGUGUGUCAUUCUGUACCAGUGUUGUCAUUGGCGCAUUUCCUCUAUUUCGCUGGUUGUUUUUGCCUUCUCUGAGACUGACUAGCAGGCACUGCAGCAUCAGGACCGCAAGACCCAUGAAGCAGUAGGGCAUGAGGACCCAGGGGCAACCCAAAGGAAGAGCUUGAGUGCUUCAAUUGCUACCACUGCUGCUGAGGUGCUUAUCUUGAUUCUUUUUUUCUCUACAGAAAGGGUGUCUGGUGGGGGUUGGGGUGGGUGGUGAUAGCACAGGUAGCCAGGCCCCUGCAGAGCAGAGCGGGGGGCUCUUGCGUACUGGAGGCAGGCAGGACGUCCUGUGGGAAAGGGGGGAAGAAGGGCUGGCUCGAGCGUUGGACUCCUGAUGGUGGCUAUUUUUGUCUCCCCUAGCUGAGUGAUUGGGACAGCGGGUGGAAGAGAAGAUGCUUAUGGCCCGAGACACUGCGCGGGAUGAGGCUCAAAAGCUUCACAGGAAGUGGCUGAAGCACCAGGCCUUUAUGGCGGAACUGGCCCGCAAUAAGGAAUGGCUCGCCAAGAUAGAACAGGAGGGUCAGGAACUGAUCCAGGAGAAGCCCGAGCUGCGUUCGGUGGUCCAGCAGAAGCUGGUGGAGAUCAGAGAGUGCUGGUCCGACCUGGAGAGCACCACCAAGGCCAAGGCUCGCCAGCUCUUUGAAAACAACAAGCCUGAGCCGGCGGUGAAGAGCUUCUCGGACCUGGACAACCAGCUCUCCCACCUGGAGCAGCAGCCCCCCCAACUGGAGCAGGCUCACCAUCUGCCCACCUUCAAUGAGCAGCUCCAGAAAUUCCAGGCUAUGGAGUCUCAGAUAGGGGACUAUUACAAGGAUGUGGGAGAGCUGGGCAGCGUGCAGGGUGUCUGCCUGCCCCAGCGAGGCCUGAUGGCAAGUGACAGGGAGGCCGGCGAGCAGUCAGGCGUCGUGGAGACUCGCAUCGUCCGCCUCAUCGAGCCGCUGAAGGAGAGACGCCGCAUCCUGCUGGCCUCCAAAGAGAUGCAUCAAGUCGCCCAAGACCUGGAGGAUGAGAUACUGUGGAUCCAGGAGAGGCUUCCCUUGGCCUCCUGUAAGGAUUAUGGGAAUAACCUCCAGAGUGUACAGCAGCAUGUAAAGAAGAACCAGACCCUUCAGAGGGAGCUGACAGGGCGGCGGGCUCGUGUGGAGGAGGUUCUGGACCGGGCGGGGAUCAUCGCUUCGCUGAGGACCCCUGAGGUGGAGUGUGUGCGUGAAGGGGCGGGGCAUGUGCGCCAGCUGUGGGAGGUUUUGCAGCUGGAGGCCGAGAGGAGGUGUAUGAUGCUGGACGCCAUGCUGCUGUCUCAGCAGUACUACAGCGACGCGGCUAAAGUGGAGACCUGGCUGUCAGGUCAGAAGCUCCAACUGGUCAAUGAAGAAAAAGGAACGGACGAGGCGAGCACCCUGCAGCUGCUGAAGGGCCACCUGGCUCUGGAGCAAACAGUGGAAAAUUAUGCAGAGACAGUAGGCAUGCUCACCCAGCAAUGCCAGCUUCUUAUGGAAAUGGGCCACCCAGAAAGUGAGCAGCUCACCAAGCAGCAGUCGCACAUAGACCGGCUGUACGUGUCUCUGAAGGACAUGGUGGAGCACAGGAAGAAUAAGCUGGAGCAGCAGUACUGGCUCUAUCAGCUCAACAAGGACGUGGAGGAGCUGGAGAAGUGGAUCACUGAGCGAGAGACCGUGGCCAGUUCCACCGAGCUGGGCCACGACCUUGAGGACGUCACGGUGCUUCAGGAGAGAUUCACCAAGUUUGCCACAGAAACCAACAGCAUCGGGCAGCAGCGCAUGGAGCAUGUCAACAAAAUGGUGAACGAGAUGAUCGACUGCGGCCACUCGGACGCGGCCACCAUCGCCGAGUGGAAGGACGGGCUGAACGAGUCGUGGGCCGACCUCUUGGAGCUGAUGGAGACCCGCAGGCAGAUGCUGCUCGCCUCGCACCAGCUGCACAAGUUCUUCACCGACUGCAAAGAGGUCUUGGCUCAGAUCGCAGGGAAGAUGAAGCAGCUGCCAGAGGUGAGGGCGUGCCAAGCCAACAUCACCAAUCCAGCCACCCUGCAGAGGCUCAUGCACUCCUUUGAGCAUGCCCUUCAACUGCUGGUUGCACAGGUGAGGCAGCUGCAGGAGAAUGCGGCCCAGCUGAGGACCAUCUACGCUGGGGAAAAGGCGGAGGCCAUCAUGGUCAAAGAGCUGGAAGUGAUGGAGGCCUGGAAGGAGCUGCUGAGCUCCUGUGAGGCCAGCCGUGUGCAGGUCACCUCAGUCACAGACAAGGUGCAGUUCUUCUCCGUGGUGCGUGAAAACCUCAUGUGGAUGGAAGGCAUCAUGGGCCAGAUUAUAUGGGAUGAGCCCAGAGAUCUGACGGCUCUCGAGGUGAUGAUGAGACAACAUCAGGAGCUGAAAGCCAAAGUAGACGGCCGCAGCAAGACCAUACAGCAGUGUGCAGACCUGGGCAAGAUCCUCAUAGCUGCAGGCAACCCUGCAUCAGAGGAGAUACAAGAGAAGCUGGACAGUCUUCUGGCUAAGCAGAGGGAUCUUAUUGAAAAAUGGGACAAACACCAGGAGAAGUUACUGCGCAGGCAGGAACAUUUCCAGUUCACCCAGGAGACGGUGAAGGCAGAAGCCUGGCUGAAGGCCAAGGAGCCGCUGAUCACCUCCAAGGAGCCAGAGGGAGGAGGAGCCCGGACCCAAACAGACGAGGUUGAGCAACUCAUCCUUCGCCACGAGGCCUUCCGCAAGGCUGCUGUCACCUGGAAAGAACGCUUCAGCUCUCUCCGCCAGCUUUCCGCAGCUGAGAAGAAAAAAGAGGAGGAGAAAAAGGCAACCCCGCUCUCCAGCCGAAGGAUGUUCCCAAUAUCAUGUCUGACUCCCAGUGUUCCCUCAAUCAGUGCUACCUCAUCUUUCUUGAGGCAGACGGUACAGGUUCAUGUAGAACCCAAACCCUUACAGACCAGUCUGGAUCUGGGAGCCUCCCCUGCGACACAGAGAUUGUCCUCAACCCUAGCUAGUUACAAGCCAGUUAUAAAUGGAUCAGGCUACCAUGGAUUGGAACAGCAGGGCAGUGGGAAGUUGGCAAGCUCCUCAUACCUUGGAAUGAACCACCAGGUGCCGGGAGGUGGAAGUGAAUCCGCUUUCACUGCACUGACUUCCCAGAAUCCUGGAGCAGAUACUUACCUUGGGAUAAACCAUCUACCAACUGCUGGCAGUGCGGAAAGCUCUGGAUACUACGGACUGACUACUGGGUGUGUUGGUGGUACGCCAAACCAUCUAGGCAGCGGGAGGUUGGGAAAUUCAGGUAACAUAGCUCAGCAUCCAAGCAGUGGGGGUAUGGGAAGCCCUGGCUAUCUGCCUCAACAGAAUAUGGGCAGUUCUGGAUAUUUGGCUCAAUCACCAAAUAUGGGAAGUUCUGGAUACUUGGGACAUCAGCCUAAUCUAGGGAGUACAGGAUAUUUGGCACAACAGCCUAAUUUAGGAAGUACAGGAUAUUUGGCACCACAGCCUAAUUUAGGAAGUACGGGAUAUUUGGCGCAGCAGCCUAAUAUGGGUAGUUCUGGGUAUUUGGCACAACCGCCUAAUUUGGGGAGCACUGGGUAUUUGGCACAACAGCCUAACAUGGGGAGUUCUGGGUAUUUAGCACAACAGCCUAAUAUGGUGAGUUCUGGAUACUUAGCGCAGAAUUACCAGAGCAGUGGGGGAUUGGGUAGCUCAGGCUUUCUGGCACAAAAUAAUUACAGCAGUGGAAGCCUGGGCAGUUCUAGUUACCUGGCGCAAAGCGGUGGCAUCAUGGACCCUAAAAUGGCAUAUGCAUGGCAGCAUCUGAAAGCUGACUUCAUGCAGCCCAGGAUCAACCACAUCCACAAGGCUGUAAACCCCCUCCUAGAGGCCAGCAGGGCGCAGCGGGAACAGUUUGGGGACAUCCCAAUGGCCGACAUGGUGGGGCCAGAGUCGGGGCUGGAGCUCCUCCACGGCCGCCUCCAGAGGGAUCCCCGUGGCAGCCGCUCGGAUCCUCAGAUGGACCACCUGAGGCGAGAGAGGGAGUACAAGUUGGGUAGACAGACCUCCAGCGAACAAGAGAUCCAGGCUAGGCUGAACGAGCUGCCGCUGAUUGUGCGUCAGGAGCGCUACCGGAGGCGCCUGGAGAGGCAGUCGUCCAGCGAGCAGGAGGGCAGCGGCAAGCAGAGGCUCCAGAGGCAGGACUCGAGUGACCUGGAGGGCUCUGUUAAGGACGGUUCUGACAAACGCUCAGGGGAUAAGAGAAAUACCAUGGCAGAGAUUGUUGAACAAGUCCAGGAGAGAGAGGCAGCAUCUGCACGAGGAGAUUCUUAUCGCCCUGCAAGCAGCCUCUCAGCACCGGUGACUCGUUUUGAUGGACGUCCUCGGGCCCGAGACCGCCCCAAACCGAGGAGGAGGCCUCGUCCCAAAGAGCCUGAGGAGACACGGCGUUCUCGCUCAGCUCCAGCUACUGGGGCCCCAACCACACCUCAGCCGCCUUCACACACUGCCCACAACGAAGGCUUCCUCUACCGCAAAAAGGCCACAUCAUCUGACCUUGAAGCUCAGCAGAGAAGCCCAAACAGCAAAUCCUGGCUGAACGUGUACUGUGUGUUGAAAGAGGGACAGCUGCUUUUCUACAAGGAUGCUAGGCACCUGACUACGACAUACAACGAGGAGCCUCCUGUGGAGCUGGCUAACUGCACCUUUGAUCCUUCUAUGGGAUACAAGAAGAAGAAAAAUGUCUUCAUUCUUCAAAUGGCUGAUGGUAACAACUUUGCAUUCCAUGCAAAAGAUGAGGAGGACAUGAAGGCUUGGACUUCAAGCAUCACCAUCUGUAUAUCUGAAUACGAGGAACUGGGCAAGUGGGACAAGCCGGGAACCUCGUCCAUGGAACCCGACCACUCGGAGAGGAAGGAGAAGUCGGAGGGGGACGCCGACGCCAGGUCAGAGAGGUCGGAGCUGGCCGAGGGGGAGGAGAGGUCUGAGAAGGAGAGGUCAGAGAAAGGGGACGGCUCUGAGAAGUUAGACACGUCAGAAAUCGCCGACAAAAUGGAGGGAGGGGCAGGGGGCUCCAGCACUUCUGGAAAGAGCAAAUGAGGAGCCCCUUUAUGUUAUAACAUUAUUCACUGACGAGAUGCGUGGGAGGCGGUGGGUGUGAGGGAUGGAUGGAGAGCAUGUGCAGCUAGGUUUGCUGAUCCUCAGUCACAGAGCGGAACACACCGGGUCCUUGGACUGACUAUUUUUACUGUGACAGACUAAUCUCUCAGCCCCUCCCCUUCACCCAGGCAAUACAUCAGUGCUUACAUUGUGCCACCUGCUGGUAGAUAGCAGGUCGGCCCAGACAGACAGACAGACAGACUUCAACAAGUGGUCCCAAGUAUAAGUCACUGUCACGUCCCAUCGUUGAUCGUUUAAUCUCUCGGAUUCACAGCAUCUUUCUGUAUGUAUCUUUGACUGAUAAUGUAAUGCUCUGUCUAGCUAGACAAACCCCGAGAAGUGGUGAAUGAUAUGUUUCACAAUAUCAAAAAAGAAAAACAAGUUUUUUGAAGCAAUAUACUUUUUUUUAAAAGGGAAAAGGAAACAAGAAAUAAUUGCAAAUGUGAACUCCAUGAUUUGUCACAUAAACGUAAGCUUACCCCAUGCAGUUGUGAACCUUAGACACUUGACACAUCUGUAUACUAAUCAUAAAGACAUUUAAUCCCAUCACAUUGCUAGCUUUGAAUCAUGUUAAUAUAAUGGAAUGCUGGUGUUACCCACCUGACUUCAUUGGUGUCAAUUAAUACACAGUUCUACCGUUUAUUUUCAGCUUUUGUUUAUUAUUAUUAUUAUUGUUUGUCCACAAUGAUCCAUGUCAAGAAAAGAGCUUUCCAUCAAAUUCUAAUCCAAGGUGUGUUCAAAGUGGCAAUGCUCAAAGUAAUACUAAGCCUAUGUGACACAAUGCUUUUGUAUACAUGACAAAAAUCUGAACAUUGCAUGAAAAAGUCUAUUAGUGCACUGUCAAACUUGCCUUUAUUUUUAUGUUCUUGAAAUAAGUUGGGCAGUAUUGAAAUUGCAAUAAUUUAAUGUGGCUGGAGGAAAAUGUAUUUGUCUGACACUGUCUACUUCUGAAAAUCCAGAGGUGAGUUUGACAAAAUAUGUUUGUCUUCUAACCACAAUAAGCAUGAGAAGAAAAAUGGUUGUUUCUUGAGGGGAUAGACCAGAGAAGUGACUACUCCUGGAUCUGUAACAUGAAUUAAGAAGCCAAAUGGCCCCUCUGCUGUUUGUACUGUAUUACUGCGAUUUCUUUUCCACAGAAUGUACUGAUUUCAGCUGUGAAAUGUUCAAUCACCACAGAGUUGGUGGUGGCCAAAAUUGUAAAACCCUGAAGCUGUUCGCUGAGAGUUAAGCCUCUCUGUACCCUGUGUCUUUCAUUUGAAGUUCAAACUGAUUGGAAUCUCUCCGUCAAAGGCAAGUUAAAUGUAAAACUGUCAUGAUUCGAGUCAUGAAUUGUAUAUACCUAUCUUUGUAUGUAUACCAAUAAAUCCUGUGCUCUAAUAAAACAAUACUCUGAACUGAAAUGGGUAAAAUUAAAACAUUUGUAUUAAUCCACAAAUAAAAACAAUCAUCACUCAAAUAUAUUAUGACGUUUAAAUGAAAAAUAUGCAAAUUAGGAGCCACUAUUAAAUAUCAUAGUGUAUAUAAGUACACCAGUAUCUAGUUGUAUGACACACAUUUUACCAGGGAAGAGCAGCAGGACAUACUGUAGGUAUGCUUGUUGUAUUUUUAUAUACCUAUAUUUAUUCAUAUCAGAUUCAGGAGUUGUCCCAAUAAGAGUGUGUACUAAUGAUUAGAGGGUGUCUCUGUGAGAGGUGUGAUUAGAAUAUGUUACAGACAUGAGAAACAGCUGGGCAGUUCAGAAAAAGUACAGUAUGCUGUGAUCGCAGAGAUGAACGGGCAUUAGUCCACUUAUUAUUUGUCAUGUAUGCCAAUUAUUUUUUACAUAUACAAAAACAAUUAAAGUAUCAUUAAUGUCAGUAAAAUGUAGCCAUUUUGACACAGUGUACUUAUAUUAAAGACAUAGGAGGAAACACACAGCA